AUGACAGAAAACAAGAAAGAAGUCGAGGUCAACACCACCAACGACGUUGUAAAAGAGACCGAACAAAUGUCUUCCGCUCCCCGCGAGUCCGCUACCAAGAGCGACUCGGAGGAUUCGUCCGAUCUACCACCCCACGAACAAAACUCUGUUACAAGAGUACCUGUAACUCCCGGCAUACAACCCUCGACCUAUGCCUCGCAAGUAAACAUCGAGUCUACUGAGACUACUGGUUCUGGUUAUUUCAAUCAGAAUCAAGAGAAGGAUGGUGUUAUCUCCAAUGAGUCUGCGACAGGUACUGCAGUUGAGACAUCCUCUCCUACGGACCUUGCACAAGGGGCUAGUUCAGAUCAUGAGGUUUUGCGACGAAUGAGCAUAUCAUUGAGUGGGCGGAGAGAGUCUAUUACGGAAAUUAAAGCCGCUGCGCCUGACCUGGCCCUCAGUGGUAACAUCAUCUCGGCUACCUUCACGACCCCUCACUCUCUAAAGUAUCACAAGAGCGGCGAUUGGGAAUUGGGCUAUCGGCGCGGCCAAUCCGCUCUCUUCGAUUCUUUCUCUUACCUCUCUUCCGACGAAACGCCUUGGAACCAUACGGUCGUUGCAUGGACUGGCGAAAUCGAGUCACUCGCCGAAUCUCUGUCCGCGUCAGAUGUCAUUCCCGAUACGACCUCAACCAUUCCCGGUCUAAAUCACUUAUCUGCCCCCAUACCGUUAGAUGGGGAAGCACCACCAACACCUCCCGAAGUGGAUGGUUUAUGGAUUCCGCAAGAGCACCAGGCGAAGUUAGAGCAGUUGUUGUCUCAUGACAAACGCAUCAAGACUGUUCCGGUAUGGCUUGCGGACGACACCGAGACAAGCGACGAGGGUAUCACGUUGAAUGAUCAAGCCCGAUGGAGGCGAUAUGCCGAACACACGAUAUAUCCCUUGUUCCACUACAAGCAACACGAGCCUAACGAUGGUCGAUCUGAGCGUAUCGAGUGGGCAGACUACUUUCGCACAAAUUUGAAGUUCGCCAAUAAGAUUAUCGAGAUCUACAAGCCGGGUGAUAUUGUAGUCAUUCAUGAUUAUUAUCUCCUGUUGCUUCCCAGCAUGCUGCGGCAAAGAAUGCCAAACAUGUACAUCUCGUUCUUCCUACAUUGUCCGUUCCCCAGCAGCGAAUUCCUAAGAUGCUUACCGCGAAGGAAGGAGGUGCUUGAGGGCAUGCUCGGUGCCAAUCUGGUCGGGUUCCAGUCAUAUAGCUACUCGCGCCAUUUCGCGAGCUGCUGUACCCGAAUACUCGAUUUUCCCUCGGAUUCCGUUGGUGUCGAUGCGUACGGGGCUCGUGUGGAAGUUGGUGUUUUCCCCAUUGGCAUCGAUGUGACCAAGGUAGAACAGAUGGCAUGGUCAAAACAAGUCUCGGAUAUGUAUGACGCUUUAAAGGGGCUCUACAAGGAUAAACAAAUCAUUGUGGGACGCGACCGGCUGGAUAGUGUCCGUGGUGUGGCCCAGAAGCUGAUGGCAUUUGAAAGGUUUCUGGAACUCUUUCCCGAAUGGCGAGAAAAGGUUGUCCUAGUCCAGGUCACUUCGCCAAACACCAUUGAAGAAGGAGGGGAAGAACCAGAGAACAAGAUAGCGAGCAGGGUGAAUGAGUUGGUCAUGAGAAUUAAUGGCACAUAUGGCAGCCUAGGAUUUUCGCCGGUGCAGCAUUAUCCGCAGUAUCUGUCGCCCGAGGAAUAUUUCGCGCUUUUGAGAGCCGCAGACAUUGGUUUGAUCACAUCGGUUCGGGAUGGAAUGAAUACCACUAGUCUGGAAUACGUUGUGUGCCAGCGCGACACGCAUGGCCCGCUAAUCCUCUCGGAGUUUAGCGGCACUGCAGGAAGCCUGCGAGACGCGAUACAUAUAAACCCUUGGGACCUCACCGACGUUGCUCACCAGAUCAACAACGCCCUCACGAUGUCUGCUGAAAAACGCCUAUCGAUGCAAUCGAGUCUCUAUAAGCAUGUCACUACGCAGAAUGUGCAAAGCUGGAUCGCCAAGUUUCUACGAAAACUCGUGGGCACGUUGGCAUCUAACAAGAAUGCGAAUGUCACACCGCUGCUUGACCGCACACUCAUGUUGAAACAGUACCGCCAAGCCAACAAGCGUCUCUUCAUGUUCGAUUAUGAUGGUACACUUACUCCCAUUGUUAGGGACCCCCAGGCAGCUGUUCCAUCGGAGCGGGUCAUCCAAACGCUGAAGGCGUUGGCCGCAGACCACCGCAAUGCUGUGUGGAUCAUCUCGGGCAGAGACCAAGACUUCUUGCAGCAACACCUAGGUCAUAUCUCAGAGUUAGGCUUCAGUGCUGAGCAUGGAAGUUUUAUUAGACAUCCAGGCCACGACACAUGGGAAAAUCUAGCUGAGAAAUUGGAUAUGGGCUGGCAGGCAGACGUGAUGGAUGUCUUCCAAAAAUACACCGACCGUGUUCCUGGUUCAUUCAUAGAGCGGAAGCGAUGCGCAUUGACAUGGCACUAUCGCCAAGCCGAUCCCGAACAAGGUGUACACGCAUCACAAGCGCUGCACAAGGAUCUUGAGGCAACCGUAGUUCAAAAAUGGGAUGUCGACGUGAUGAAAGGUAAGGCCAAUCUCGAAGUACGGCCUACUUUCAUCAACAAGGGCGAGAUCGCCAAGCGCCUGGUCAAUGACUACAACUCCGACAUUGCACACAUAGCUGCUCCGGAAACUAGCUCGCAAGCCAAGGAAGGGAAACUAGAUUUUGUCCUAUGCAUGGGUGAUGACUUUACUGACGAGGACAUGUUCCGGGCCCUGAACGGUCUCAGCGGUACGCAAGUCGAGACUGACCACGUGUUCACUGUUACUAUCGGUGCUAGCACGAAGGUCACUCUGGCGAAAUGGCAUAUGCUGGAACCGGAGGACGUCGUGGAAGCCAUAGCUCUCCUGGCCGGAGUUGGCCUGAGCGGCGAAGCCCAUGAGCAGCUGAGUCAAGUCAACUUGGCUACUGUCGCCGGGCUCGAAGGUCACGUGCCUCAAUGA